ACUCUGACUCAAAUAAUUUUAUCCGGUUUUGUUAUUUUUCCCUUCUCCACUUUUCUUUUCUUCUUCUUUUUAUAUAUACAUUAUUAUGGCCAAUACUCGUACACAAGUCUUAUCUUUAUAUCGUGACCUCUUACGACAUGGUAACAAAUUCUCUUCUUACAACUUUAGAGCUUAUGCCAUUCGACGUUCAAAAGAUGCUUUUCGUGCUCACCAAAACGAAUCCGAUCCUGCCAUCAUUAAUCAACUAUUAAAAAAAGGUGAACACGACUUGGCUGUAGUUAAACGACAAGCUGCUAUUAGUAAUCUCUAUACAACUGGUGAUCAUCUUGUUAUUGAAAAUACUGUCAAACCUCGUCAUGUUUAGUUAUAUCCUCUUUUCUCUCUUUUUUUUUAUAUUAUUGACAAUAUAUUAUAUUUUUUUGUUUACAUUCCCUACUCUUCCUCUUCCUCACUUUUUUUUAGUUACCUUGUAUUUAUUUAUAUAUAAAUCUUACAUAUUGUAUCAAUAAACAAUCCUUUUAUUAUUACUUUU